CCGUAAGCGCUUUAUUCAUAACAGAUGAUGAAUUUUGUGUUUUGAUUGUUCAUUUCAUCAGAGUCAUUUGAGAAGUAUUUUAAAUAUGAAGAGAAGUAUCUUGAAGAUUAUAUAUCUUUAAUAAUCGCAAUUUGAUAAUUAUUAUGAACGCGAUUACCGUGGUAGCAAUAUUGUUUCUUGUUGAAUUGUGUUGUGGUACUUUGUCACCACCGACAGGAAAAAAUAAAAGAGAGAAAGGAAAGAGUAACAAUAAGUUGUCCAAGGGUCCUGUGGAGCAAGAUGUUUUUCAAAGAAACUUGUUAGUUGAGAAUCCUAAACAACAGGAUAUUCUUCGUGAAUCAGGUCGAUAUUUUCAAGAUACAAAGCAUAGAAGAUUUAAAGGAGAUGUUUUGGGGUAUUGUACACCUUGGAAUGGGAAUGGAUUUGAAAUUUCAAAAACCUUUCAUGGCAAGCUUACGAUGGUAUCUCCUGUAUGGUUGUCCUUUCCUUUUGGCAACACGUCAACUUAUCAAUUGUCUACUCAUUCUGUUCAAACUAAGUGGAUAAAAGAAAUGAGGAAUUAUAAUAAUAUUAAUCAUGGUGUGAAACUUAUGCCUAGAGUAUUGUUUGAACAUUGGUCCAUUGAUGACAUUAUGAAGAUAUACAGUAGUACAGAAAGCCAAACUCAAUUAAUAGUAUCUCUUUUGGAUGCUGCUCAGACCUUUUAUUUUGAUGGAUACGUCUUAGAAAUAUGGAAUCAAUUUGUAUUUGCAGGUGCAAAUCUACCAAUUGUCACUUCUAUAGUAAAAUCUAUUGCACAGAAGUUGAGAAAACAUAAUUUGGAUAUUAUAUUAGCAAUACCACCAUCCAAAGGUGCACAAAUUGAAUUGUUUUCAAAGCAACAGUUUGAUGAACUAGCACCAUAUGUAAAAGCUUUUUCGCUUAUGACUUAUGAUUAUUCAACUAUUCAAAAACCAGGCCCGAAUAGUCCUCUUGAUUGGGCCAAACAAUGUGUAAAACUGUUAGUUCCAAAGAAAGAUGAUUCCAGACGAUCUCAAAUUUUACUAGGUAUUAAUUUCUAUGGUUACAAUUAUACACCAGAGGGUGGUAGAGCGAUUCUUGCAUCUGAAUAUUUAGAUAUACUGAAAUCAUUCAAAGGAAAGAUUCAAUGGGACAACAAAAGCAAAGAACAUUUCUUUGAAUCAAAGUUGCCUAUAGGUAAUGGUUACGUCUUUUAUCCUACUUUAUAUUCAAUUAAACAUCGAUUAGAUCUCGCUAAUGAACUAGGUACAGGAAUUUCGAUUUGGGAAUUAGGUCAAGGAUUGAAUUACUUUUACGACUUGUUAUAAACUGUUGCAUAUAAUUUUUUAUUUUAUAUAAUUGAAGUUUUCUAAUGUCUGUAGGCACAUGGAUAUGCAUGUACAUACAAGUCUCAAAAUACAUUUAAACAUUUAUAAAGUUUA